UACACCUUAUCUCGGUGGUGCGCGGAGCAGAGCAACCUUGGUGGCGCGCGGAAAUUUCUAGAUAAUUUCCGGCAUACCCGUUAACCCCCCACAUAACUGAUUGCCACCUUGAUGGCAAGCGGCAACAUCAUCCUACCACUUCUUUCUUCUAUCCGAAACAAAGUCUCUCCGUCCACUACUACAGCUUUCGACAAUUGUGGGAUAAAAAAGCACACCCUCAUAGAUCGGAUAUCGUAAAAGCAUCUUUAGUGGCCGAUCGGUGAUUCCUCUUGUUGGAUUUGUCCUUCGUGAGUUGUUGGAGUUUCGUUUUACGGUUUAGCUUACAAUUGAGGCGGGGAGAUUCAAUGAUCGCGAUCUUAGCGAGAAAGUAGAGGACCUUAAAUGGGCUUUUGGUAAGAGGGGAGUGAAUUGCAGGGUUUUGGUUGAAGAAAUCUUCUGGGUUGACUGUAACUGAAGAAUUCUUUUAGUGUAGAAGUGAAUAUUGAGUGCAUUUUGAAGCUUUUAUAUAAUCUUCAAACUUUCAGUUUGAGGGAGCAAUAUUCAGGGUGUUGUCAAAUUUAAUGGAUGAAGCUUCAAAUGCUUUUCCUCCUUUCCUUGCGAAGACAUAUGAAAUGGUGGAUAACUCCUCAACCGACCCUAUCGUCUCUUGGAGUCAGAGCAACCGAAGUUUCAUUGUUUGGAACCCGCCAGAAUUUUCGAGAGAUCUCUUGCCCAGAUACUUCAAGCAUAACAACUUCUCCAGCUUUAUCAGACAGCUGAAUACUUAUGGAUUCAGGAAAGUUGAUCCUGAGCAAUGGGAGUUUGCAAAUGAUGACUUUGUUAGAGAUCAACCGCAACUUAUGAAGAACAUCCAGAGACGAAAACCGGUUCAUAGUCACUCUACACAUAAUCUUCAGGCCUCAUCUCCAUUGGAUGAAUCAGAAAGACAAGGGUACAAGGAUGAUAUCACAAAGCUGAAUCACGAAAAAGAGACGAUUCAGUUGGAACUUCAAAGACAUAAGCAGGAAAACCAGGGACUCGAGUUGCAAAUGCACGGGUUGACUGAACAGUUACAGCAUGUGGAACAGGGACAAAGGAGUAUGCUAUCCUCCUUAGCUGAACUGCUGGAUAAACCAGAGCUGGCGCUAAGUCUGUUUCCCCAAAUGGCAUUGCCUUAUAGAAAGAGACGGCUUACAAGAAGCAGUUACCUCUAUGCUGAGAGUGUCAUCAACAGUAAUCGACCAAUGGAAGACAUCAUCCAAAAUACUCUUCCUACCUUCAACAAGGAGUUGUUAGAUCAAUUAGAGUCGUCUUUGAUAUUCUGGGAGAAUGUGUUUCAAGAUGUUGGUCAAAUGGUUCAGGUCCAUGAGAGUUCAAGAACUGAGUUGGAUGAAUCUACAAGUUGCUGUGCAGAUAGCCCCGCCACAUCAUACACACAGCUUGAUGACGAUGGCGGACCCAAGACUUCAGGAAUUGACAUGAAUGCUGAGCCAAAUAGGAACCUGGUUUUGGAGGUGGGCCCACACCAAGAUCCUGAAACGGUACAACGGGUUGCUCCUAAGACACCCACAAGAGUAAAUGACUUGUUCUGGGAACAAUUCCUGACGGAGAAUCCCGGCUCAACUGAUGCUCCAGAGGUACAGUCAGAAAGGAAAGAUCUUGAUGGCAGAAAAGGUGAAAACAAAGCAGCCGGGCAAGGGAAGUUCUGGUGGAAACACUAGUGCAAAAAAGGCCUCUUGCAUCUCCUUAUCUACAUAUGUUAUCUCAAAACACAUGUGAAAAACUGACAUGGCGUCUUUUUACCAUUUUUAUCAAAUCUUCUACAUUGAUUGUCUGUGGAGCCGAUGUUAAAAAAGAAAUGGGGUAAAUGUUUAAAACAAUGAAAGUUUAGUUUACAUCGGUUAAAACUCAUGUAGAAAAAAGGGGAAGAAAAAAAUUACGUGCGUAAUUCCAGAUCAAUUAUAACCUGGAUGGAUUUGAAGUUAUACGAAGUUAUACGUAAACCUAGCCAAGCUUCAGGAAGAGGGAGCAUCGACCUGUUAUUCAAUCCUAGCGGCGUACUCUUGCUGCAAUUUAUGCGACAGUAAGGUAAACUUGCUCCGGCUUCGGCGUCGAUUGCUGGCCCCCACUUCAUGCCUUCAUUGUCGGACGGCAUCGAGCGAGCAGAGGAGUAGGCUGGCGUUCCAGGAGCAUAGCGGUAGGACGCCGUUCGAGAGAGCAGAACAGUAGGACGUCGUUUGAGAGAGCACAGCGGAUCAGACGGCGUCAGUGGAGUUGUCCAGUGGUGUCUGUCCAGAGCAGCGAGUUUUCGCCUGGCCACGGUUCGAAUCAGAACCCUGAACCGAGCAUGAAGGUGUAACUGAGUAGUGUGGAAGUACUGCAAAUGGCCCUUUCGUUAUGAACGCUUUUGAAAUAAUUGCUUUGUCUCAAUGAUUGAUCCUGUCGCCAUUGUUUGACAGGUGCCAGACUCGGAUCGAAGGUGUAUCUGCGAACAAGGGCGUUCCAAGUCGCCCCAUUUCUGCAUAUGGUGGAUGUCCGUAAGGCAGCUGGGGACACACUUGAAUAUCAUAGGAUUUCCGCCAUGACGGAUCAUCCACUGAAUUCGCUCCUCAAUCGAGUUUCCAAUUGCCAUCGUAUUUCAGUUUGUUAGUAUCGCUAGCUAAAGAGUUUCAGCCUAUUAGCAGAAUCAUGACUGAUAGAUCUUGGAUGUAUUUUACUCCGAGGUCUAGCGAACAGUUUGUAAAUGGAGUAGAGAGCUUUAUAAAAUUUGCUUUUGAGAGAUCAAGUCAUGAUGGAAAAGUUUUAUGCCCAUGUAAAAGGUGUUAUAAUAUGUUUCCCCCGUUCACACACGGGGGGAACUAUUUGAUCACUUAAUAUGUAAUGGAUUUCGAAACGAAUACACUGAAUGGGUAGAUCAUGGAGAACACAGAAUAUCAUCAUCUUCAUGUUCAAUGCCAACUGUUGAAGAAGGGGUGAUUGGGCAUGACAUGAGAGAAUUAUUGAAUGACUUGUUUCAACCUGUCCAUGUAGAAGAAAGUGCUUCUAACAUGGAGGAGCACGAAUGGAGCACCGGGUUGGGUGAUUCUAGUGAUCCUCCAAACUUUAAGUCUAGAAGAGACAAGUUCAAUGACCUAUUAAAGGAUUCUGAAAAAGCAGUGUAUCCAAACUCAAAGUAUAGCAAACUUUCCUGUUUAGUGCAUUUGUUUCAUUUGAAGUGUCUGAAUGGUUGGAGCAACAAGUCUUUCUCAAUGCUGCUGGAGUUUUUAAAAGAUUUACUCCCAGAACAGAACUUGCUGCCAAAAACGACUUAUCAAGUGAAAAAAUUGCUUGGAGAUCUAGGUUUAGGAUAUGAAAAGAUCCAUGCAUGCCCAAAUGAUUGUAUGUUGUUUUGGGGUGAUAAGGAUAAAGAAGAAGUGUGCUCGAUUUGUGGAGAAUCAAGAUGGAAAGUUUCUACAGAUAAUAUAAGUGACAUAAGUGACAUGGUAAACACCCAAAGUAAAAAAGCAGCUAAGAUUUUGCGGUGGUUUCCUUUGAAACCAAGGCUCCAAAGAUUAUUUAUGUCCUCAAAAACAUCUGACCUUACGAAAUGGCAUCAUAGAGAGCGCACAGAUGAUGGAAAGCUGCGACAUCCAGGCUCCAGCUGAUGGUGCAGCAUGGAAGGACUUCGACAAAAAGUUCCCCGAGUUUUCUAGUGACCCAAGAAACAUUCGUUUAGCCCUUUCAAGUGAUGGUUUUAACCCUUUCAAGACAAUGAAUCUCAGUUAUAGUAUUUGGCCCGUUAUUUUAAUUCCAUGUAAUUUACCUCCAUGGUUGGUUAUGAAACAACCCAACUUCAUUCUAUCGUUAAUUGUCCCUGGACCCAAUGGUCCAGGCAAUAAGAUAGAUGUCUAUAUGCAACCUCUCUUAAAAGAAUUGAAAGAGUUGUGGGAGGUUGGAGUUGAGACUUUUGAUGCGAGUUGCAAAGAUAAUUUUCAAAUGAAAGCAACUUUACUUUAUACGAUUUCUGACUUUCCUGGAUAUGCAAAUCUCUCUGGAUGGAGCACUAAAGGAGAGUUUGCUUGUCCUUUAUGUGGCUUUGAUACCGCUUCAAUGAUAGACACGAGCAGCUGCCAGCUCAUUAUUUUGACAGAGUAUACACAAGAAGAAAUAGGAAGUUGGGUAGUUAAUAGUCUGUUAAGUCAGUUCUAUUAUCCCUGCGUGGAUAAAUGACUAUAAAUAGAAGGAGUUAGCUAUUUUUAGACAGGCUGUUAGACUUGUUGACUGGCUUGUAGGAGAUUGGGCAUCUCGAACUGUCCCACCCAUUUCUUUGUACUCGUUUCUUGUUCUCAGAUCAAUAAACCCUAAUUCUCUCAAUUCUUACUACUUGAGAUUGAUAUACUGUUUGAAAUUGUUCUGAUUUAUCCAGUGUUCUAUCAUUGGUAUCAGAGCAUCUUUUCUGGUGACCUAAUCCUUCGUUGAAUUACCAGAAAUUUUUUCCCGUUCUUGCUGUGAAUGGUUCGAACCAGAGCAAAAAUGGAACAGAAGAUGGAGGCGAUGGAGCGUAACCAAAAUACGACGCAAGAAACCUUGAUUCAGAUGCAAGCUGCGAUCGCGAAACUAACGGAGAAGUUGGAUACGAUGAACGAUGAAAGGCGCGGAAGAAGGAGAUCGCGAUCGCCACAAACUCAUCGAUCGAGAAACUCAAGUAGUCCGAGUCAUUCCAGAGGUAAUUCUACUCACUCUCAUGUUCAAAAUCACAGACGAAGAAAUGAGGAUUAUAGAAACCCUAUACAGUCUGGUAGGAAGAUUGACUUACCCCUGUUUAAUGGAACUGGUGCAUAUAAUUGGGUCAUACGCAUGGAAAGAUAUUUCAGACUGAAUAAUAUUGAUGAGGAAGAAAGGGUUGAAGCAUCUAUGGUGGCAAUGGAGGACAGGGCUUUAAACUGGUUUCAUGUGUGGGAAAGUCAAACUGAAGUAACUGAUUGGGAGACCCUAAAGAACUCUGUCAUACGUAGGUUUCAACCAGAAUUAAUUCAGAAUCCAUAUGAUCAUUUGUUAAGUCUGAAACAAACAGGAUCUGUACAGGAUUAUAAAGAUGAAUUUGAAAUGGUGACAUCUCAUCAGAAAAACAAAGACAGAGAGCUGCUGAGGGGUGUUUUCAUUAAGGGUUUGAAGAAUGAAAUCAAAGCAGAACUGAAAUUAUAUGUCUCAAAAUCCUUGACUGAAAUUAUGGAGAAGGCUACUUUGAUAGAACAAAAAAAUGAUGCAAUACAGUUGAAAAGAAUGGAGGAAGACAGAUAUGGGAGAAAAGAAAAGGGUGCUUAUGUUAACAAAUCUCAUUCUGAAGGAGAUAAUUACAAAGCCCGGGCUAAUAACUCUUGGUACAGUUCUAUGGGAAAAGGUGCAGGGCAGUACAAAGGAGAGUCUUCUGGGGUAAAAUCCAUGGGGAAGAAUAUCACAGAGAUCCAACCUUCUGCAUUCAAGAAGGUGGGCCCACAGUUAUCUCAAGAAGAAUAUCAGAAUAGAAGCAGAAAAGGACUUUGCUUUAAAUGUGGAGACAAAUGGAAUCACCAACAUAUUUGUAAACUAAAACACUACAAGUUGAUCAUGGUAGAAGAUUCAGCAGAAGAGGAUGAUUCAGAUAAUUCAGAAGAUAAUAGUUCAGAGGAGGAAGAGAUCUUGAUGGAAUCCAAAUCCAUGCAACUAUCCUUGAUGAGCAAAGAAGGUAUUCCUUCUUUAAGAGCAUUCAAAAUCAGAGGUAUUAUCAAAGGAGCAUGGGGAGAAAUAAAUGUGGAAGUAUUGAUUGAUAGUGGAGCUUCUCACAAUUUCAUUGCUCAGAAGAUGGUGGAUAAACUGCAGAUUCCUUACACUACCAUCAAUGGUUAUAAAGUGCAGAUAGGAAAUGGGGACAAGAUAUGCAAUAAUGCGAGAUGUGAGGCAUUCAAUGUAUGUUUGCAAGACACAACAAUACAACAGGAUUUUUAUAUCUUAGAGUUGGGAGGCACUGAUAUGGUAUUGGGAAUGGCUUGGCUUACUACUUUGGGAGAUGUUGAGAUUAACUUCCAAAAGCAAUCAAUAAAGUGGGAAGAAAAUGGGGAAGAAAAGCUGAUUCAAGGGGAUAAACAAUUCAAUUCAAUGGAGGUGUCUUUCAAGACAACUACUCAGAUAUUACAGGAUGCUGGAGAAGGGUAGAAGGGUAUUUCAUAUACUGUGAAGGCAAUGUCAAAAGUGAACAAGAAGAAAAUGAAGAGGAGGAGACUUGGAAAAAGAUACUGGCUGAAUUUCCUACUAUUUCUCAACCUUUGAAGAAACUGCCACCCAAGAGAGAUUGUGACCAUGCUAUAAAGAUACAAGAAGGAGCUAGAAUCCCAAACCUGAGGCCAUAUAGAUACCCUCAGUACCAGAAGACAGAAAUAGAAAGAAUUAUACAAGAGAUGCUAAAUGAAGGGAUCAUUCAACCAAGUAACAGCCCCUAUAGCAGCCCCAUUCUUCUAGCAAGAAAAAAAGAUGGGGGCUGGAGGUUCUGUGGGGAUUACAGGGCCUUAAACAAAAUCACAAUACCUGAUAAAUUCCCUAUACCCAUCAUAGAAGAACUGCUUGAUGAACUGGGUGGAGCUAAGAUUUUUUCCAAACUGGAUCUGAAAUCUGGUUAUCACCAGAUCAGAAUGAGAGAAGAAGACAGACAGAAGACAGCAUUCAGGACCCAUGAAGGCCAUUACGAAUACCUAGUAAUGCCCUUUGGUCUCACUAAUGCACCCUCAACUUUUCAAGCCCUCAUGAACCAGGUUCUUAGACCUUAUUUGAGGAAGUUUUCAUUAGUUUUCUUUGAUGACAUCCUCAUAUACAGUAAAUCAAGGACAGAUCAUAAGGAACAUUUGAGGAAAGUAUUACAAGCCUUGAAUGCUAAUCAGUUGGUUAUAAAUUCAAAGAAGUGUUCUUUUGGCAGAUCUCAGUUAGUCUAUUUGGGUCAUAUCAUUUCUGGUCAGGGUGUAGCUGCAGACCCUACCAAGAUUGAGGCUAUGGUUCAGUGGCCAAUACCCAAAGAUUUAAAAGGAUUGAGAGGUUUCCUUGGACUGACUGGGUAUUAUAGAAGAUUUGUCAAAGGGUAUAGUCACAUUGCUUUACCUCUAACUCAGCUUUUGAAGAAAGAUAAAUUUCAAUGGGGACCAUCAGCAACUUUGGCAUUUGAGGAAUUAAAGAGAAGAAUGACUACUCUACCAGUUCUUGCUACACCUGAUUUUGAUAAAGUAUUCAUUCUAGAGACUGAUGCAUCAGGAACAGGUCUGGGGGCAGUUUUGAUGCAAGAAGGAAGACCAAUUGCAUAUAUGAGUAAGGAAUUAUCAAAAAGGAAUCAGCAGAAAUCUGUUUAUGAAAGAGAGUUAAUGGCAGUGGUGUUGGCAGUUCAAAAGUGGAGGCCAUAUCUUCUGGGAAGACCUUUUGAGAUACAUACAGAUCAAAAGAGUUUGAAGUUUCUAACAGAGCAAAGAUUGAUGGGGGAUGAGCAACAAAGAUGGACAUCAAAGUUAUUAGGGUAUAACUUCACUAUCAGAUACAAGCCAGGAAAAGAAAAUAAAGCAGCUGAUUCAUUAUCCAGGAUACCUUAUCUGAAAGCCUUAUCCAUUGUUACUUGCCAGGAGUGGGAAGGUUUAGAAGAAGAAUUGAAAGCAGAUCUUAAGUGUCAAGGACUGAUUCAGAAGAUUAUAUCUCAGCCAGAUCAGUACAAGGAUUAUAAGAUCUCCAAGGGGUUAUUAUAUUACAGGGGCAGACUAGUAUUACCUAGUUCAUCGACCAGAAUUCCUAAGAUUUUGAUGGAAUAUCAUGCCACAGCCAUGGGGGGACACUCAGGGUACUUCAGAACUAUGAAAAGGAUAUCAAACUUGUUUUAUUGGCAAGGGAUGAAGAAAGAGAUACAGAAAUAUGUGGAAGGAUGUGCAGUAUGUCAGACAAACAAGUAUCAGGCCUUGAAACCUUCUGGAUUACUACAACCACUGCCAAUUCCUAACAGUAUUUGGACAGAUAUUACUAUGGAUUUUAUAGGUGGAUUACCUAAAUCUGAGGGGAAAGACACUAUUCUAGUAGUGGUUGACAGACUGACUAAAUAUGCUCACAUCAUAGCACUUUCACAUCCUUUCAAUGCUAAAGAAGUGGCAGAAGUUUUUACCAAGGAGGUGGUCAAAACUCAUGGGUUUCCUAAAACCAUAGUCAGUGAUAGAGACAGCAUCUUCAUGAGCUCAUUUUGGUCUGAAAUAUUUAAGUUGGCAGGCACUCAACUUAAAUAUAGUACAGCAUAUCAUCCUCAGACUGAUGGCCAGUCAGAGGUGGUCAACAGAUGCUUAGAAACGUACUUAAGGUGCUUGACUGGUAGCAAACCAAGACAGUGGAGCAAAUGGUUGCAUUGGGCUGAGUUUUGGUACAACACAAAUUUUCAUGCUUCUUUAAAACAAACACCUUAUCAGGCCUUAUUUGGACAAGAACCUCCUGCAGUAAUUAGAGGUGAUGUCAAUCUAACUACUGUAGAAGAGGUAUCCAGACUGACUGCACAGAGAAAUUGUAUGCUAGAUGAGCUAAAAGAGAAUCUUGCUAAAGCACAGAAUCAAAUGAGACAACAAGCCAAUCAAAUUCAGCCUUAUAAGCUAAGGAGUUUGGCUAAAAGGCUUAAUCAGAAAUUGAGCCCCAGAUUUUAUGGCCCUUUUGAAGUAAUGGAGAAGAUAGGUGAAGUGGCAUUCAGAUUGAGACUUCCUGAGGAAAGCAGAAUACAUCCUGUUUUCCAUGUUUCCUUAUUAAAGAAGGUGAUAUCCCCUACCACUUUCUUUCAACCCUUACCCAAAUGCCUGAAGGAGGAUUUGGAAUUACAAGUAACAUUGAGAAGGCGUUGGAGGCUAGAAUAAACAAAGAAGGGCAAACUGAAAUCCUGAUUAAGUGGAAGGAACUGCCAGACUUUGAGAAUUCUUGGGAGAAUGUGCAGGAGAUGAAGAACUACUUCCCAGAGUUUCACCUUGAGGACAAGGUGAUAUUUCAGGGGGGGAGUAUUGAUAGACACGAGCAGCUGCCAGCUCAUUAUUUUGACAGAGUAUACACAAGAAGAAAUAGGAAGUUGGGUAGUUAAUAGUCUGUUAAGUCAGUUCUAUUAUCCCUGCGUGGAUAAAUGACUAUAAAUAGAAGGAGUUAGUUAUUUUUAGACAGGCUGUUAGACUUGUUGACUGGCUUGUAGGAGAUUGGGCAUCUCGAACUGUCCCACCCAUUUCUUUGUACUCGUUUCUUGUUCUCAGAUCAAUAAACCCUAAUUCUCUCAAUUCUUACUACUUGAGAUUGAUAUACUGUUUGAAAUUGUUCUGAUUUAUCCAGUGUUCUAUCAUUCAAAAUGGCUUAAAUAUGGCGGAAAAUUUUGCUAUAUGUGUCACAGGAGAUGGCUUCCAUCUAAUCAUAGGUGGCGAUAUGAGGCCCAAUGUUUUGAUGGAAAGCAAGAGCUACGAGUUGCUCCUACUCCUGUAUCGGGACAUUCUGCUUUGCAACAAGUAGACUGUCUUGAAUUCCUAAGUGAUAAUACUGAUCAUGGUCCAUGGAAAAAGAAAAGCAUUUUUUUUUAUGUUGCCAUAUUGGAAACAUUUGUUGUUACGUCAUAAUCUCGAUGUCAUGCAUAUAGAAAAAAAUGUGUGGGAGAAUAUAUUUGGGACUUUGUUGGGACAAGGCAGAAAGUCAAAAGAUAAUUAUAAAGCAAGGCUGGACCUGCAAAAUAUGGGUAUAAAAAAACAACUGCAUCCGAAAAAGCGUCUGGUGACCAAUACUACAUACUUGCCUCGAGCAUGUUAUCAAAUGACUCGACCCGAGAAGGAUGCUUUCUUGAAAACCCUCAAGCUUAUCAAACCUCCAGAUGAAUUUUCUUCCAACAUAUCUCGUUGUGUGCAAUUGAAAGAAAAAAAACUUAUAGGGCUGAAAACUUAUGAUUGUCACAUGCUGAUGCAAGAAUAUAUGCCAAUUGCAUUAAGAGGGACAUUGCCAGAUAACGUGGCCUUGGUUAUCAUUGAGUUAUGUGAUUUUUUUAAGGGAAUUUGUUGUAAAGACUUAUCUGAACCGGAUCUUCAGUUUCUUGAAAUGAGGGUUACAACAACUUUUUGCAAACUAGAGAAAAUUUCCCCCCCUUCUUUCUUUACUAUAAUGGUGCACUUGGUGAUCCAUCUAAUUGAAGAAAUAAGACUUGGAGGACCGCUAACUUUUAGGUGGAUGUAUUCCAUUGAAAGGGAACUUCUAACUCUGAAGUCCUACGUGCAUAAUAGGGCUUGUCCAGAGGGCUCGAUUGCUGAAGGAUAUUUAGCUAUGGAAAGCUUAACUUUUGUCUCCCGUUAUCUCUCUGGAGUUGAGACAGUUUUUACUCGGCCCAUAAGAAAUUAUGAUGAGGGUGAACAAAAUGAAAUUGAAGAAAUAAAUUUACUUUGUCCUGGGCGUCCAUUACAACAAAAAAAUCAAUCUAAUGUGUCCUUUCAGAAGCGAAAAAGAGUUAACCAUCAGGUUCUUGAUGAGAAGUUAAUGAUACAAGGGCAUCGCUAUGUGUUGUUUAAUGUUGAGUCAAUCAUACCAUUUAGAGAGGAACAUAAGUCAAUUGUCAAGAGUAGACAUCGUUCACGAAGGCCAUCUGAAUAUGAACUUGAGAAACUUCAUUGCCAGCAAUUUAGUGAAUGGUUCCAAAAACGGGUAUCACGUUUAGUAGAAGAAGGAGAUGCAAGAGUAAGUGAGGAAAUAAAAUGGCUUGCCCUUGGUCCUCACACUUCAGUGAAGAAGUAUUCUGGAUAUUUUGUUAAGGGGUAUCGCUUUCACACAAAGGAACAUGAGAGAUUCUUGAAAACGCAAAACAGUGGCGUGGUUGUGACAGUAAAGGGUGAAUGUUUUGCAAGUCCCCGUGAUAAAAGACCAAUUUUUGGAGUGAUAAAUUAUUAUGGAUCACUCAAUGACAUCAUUGAGUUGAACUAUUCUGGUAAACUGCGAGUUGUUUUAUUCAAGUGUGACUGGGUUGAUGUGAAUAGAGGUGUGAAGAAAGAUGAUAUGGGAGCAACACUAGUUAACUUUUCAUAUUUGACACACACGGGAGCGAAUUUGCUUGAUGAUCCAUUUGUUCUAGCUUCCCAAGUUCACAAAGUCUUCUACGCUAAAGAUUCCAAGUCAAAAGAUUGGUUGGUUGUGAGACAUGUCAAAGUGAGGGACAUGUUUGAACUAGGAGAUAAUGCAGAUCAAAGAAAUACAUCAAAUGAUGUUAUAUUUGACGUUCCAAACUUGCAUAGAGUUGGAGACGAUGAAGAUGAUGAACUUGAUGUCACUCUACCAAUGGAAGAGGAAGCUAGUGAUGAAGAAGACGAAUAAACUAACAAAACUGCUACUUAAAUACUCAAAUUGUUAUCACUGAAAGACUCAUGUUAUGUUUUAUAUUUGGAGUCUAUCACCAAAUGUUUACUACUGAAACUUCUUUUACUAGUUUUUCCUUUAUUAUGUAUAAAUACUUUAUGCUUCAGUAACAUUAUUGUAGCAUUUUGUUUAACCAGUUGUUUUCUGUUUGCAUGUGUAUGUUAUUGAAUAUGUAAAUAGUAUAAAAUGUUCACUUAAAUGUUGUAAUACCAACUUUUAUUGUACUGCUUUGACUAGGGAUGGCAAAACGUAAGAGGUUGAACAUCGUCUCAAUCAAUAAAACCCCAAUUGUGCAACAAUCUAUUAGAGAUGAAGAGUUGGAGUCAAGUGAAAAUCAAAGACAGAACCAAAGCUUUGGGAAGCAAUUCGAUUCUGGAAAUGCUUCAACAAAUGAGGGAGAAUCUUCUGAACCUUCUGUUUCAGCUAAUGCACACAGUUCUCAAGCAUCAGGUGUUGCUAAGAAGGUUCGAGGACCAACACAAAAACUUGGAAUUUGGGAGCUAAAAGGAGACUCAAGAAUAGCUGUUAAAUUUAAUGACAUGGCACAGCCUAUAGGAGAAGAAGGAAACGAACUAACUCAGUUCCUCGGCACUCUUGUGAAAAUGUCAAGUCAUGUUGGAAUAAACUUUGAUGAAUGGAGAGAUGUCUCUUAUACAACAAAGGAAACUUUAUGGAGCAUUGUGAAGGAGAAAUUCAAAUUCCUACCGGCUGAAACUAGAGACGUUAAGAAAUGGAUAAUUGCAAAUAUGGGAUCGAAGUGGAAGUCGUGGAAAAACACUUUGAAAGAACGGAAUUAUGAUCCAGCCCUAACUGUUGAUGAAAUGGUAACAAAUGAGACUGAUAAGAGGGUUAACAAGUCUCAGUUUAAAGAGCUUGUUAAGACUUGGGUUGAUCCAGAGUUCCAGGCAAUGUGUGAAGUAAAAAAAAGGAGUCGGUCGAAGAAUAAAGAGCCACACAUCACUGGAUCAAAAUCUUUUGCUAGACUUGCGGAAGAAGAGGCUACAAAGAAUAACGGCGUUCUACCAACACGUGGGAAGUUAUUCAUUAGAACUCGAACUCGAAAAAAUGGCACUAUUAUCAAUUCUGCAGCAACUGCAGUUGUGGAAGCUCUUCACAAUGUGAUGAAUGAGGAAAAUGAUAUUCAAGAUUCUGAAGGCCCGGUUGAUUACAGAAAUGAUGAUUUAGCCAAAGUGAAAGGUCCAGAAAAAAGAGGGCGCAUUCGUUGCGUAGGAUUUACAGUCAUGAAGGAUAAAUGUGCUUCAUCCUCUCAACAACCACAAGUGCCCAUACAAGACCCACAAGUUCCUAUUCUUCAAGCUCAAGUUUCUACACUUUCAAGAAAGUUUGAUAUGCUAUUAGGUGCUUUCAAAAAGAAUCUGCCUCAUGAACAAUUAUGUGCAAUUCUCAAUGAUUUGAAUAAUGAGGUAAUUGUGCUUGGCUGUAAAUUAUUGCUAGUUUACAUGCAUAUAUGGAAAUUAAUGAUGUAAAGCUAGUGAGAUAUAUCAUAUGAACAUAUGAUAUAAAGCCUUAUCUCAUAUGAAAGUAUGAGUUUCAUAAUGUCAAAGUUAAAUGUUAGUAAUGAUUUGGUAGUCUUAUUAAUUGUGUUAGGUGUAUAUCUAUG